ACAGUGAGAUGUGAAAACAGAUGCUGCCACUGUGUUAAAACACUGUGUAUGUAUUGUCCUGAUCUCCGAAGAUAAGUGUCUGAGGUUAAUCUUCAAACAGUUUCCUGAGAACUAAUCUUUCAAAAUAACAAGCCAGAAUUGAAUGAGUGUGGAUGUUCAUGUCUGAAUGCCAUCCUUCUGAUUAUCAUAUCAUAUCUGAAUGAGUGUGGAUGUUCAUGUCUGAAUGCCAUCCUUCUGAUUAUCAUAUCAUAUCUAAAGAAAGCAGAAAGCAGGUUUCAACUUGUUUAACUGAAGUGGAAGAAAUUUCAGAGCUGCUGUUUAACAUUUUCAGAGGAGGAAAUAGAAAGAUCUGCAAAUAUAAUUUGAGAAGUGAAUCAGUGACCGAAGAUGAAUUCAGAGCCGAAUCUGGAUUCACUGGAUGAAAGUCAAAACAGAAAUGAAAUUUACAGAUGUGGUUUCUGUCACAAACGACUGAAGUCCAGAACAUCUAAUCAACAUGAAUGUUCAGAGACAGAAGAGAAACAGAGAAAAAAACAAGUCCAGAGGAAUGACCAGGCUGCCACUGGAAUCAACUUGAAUAUAAAUGCUGACACAUGUGCAAGUGUAAAUGCUCCAUUAAUGAUUGGAAACACCUUUAAAAAAGAAGUAUACAUUUGUCCUUCAAUAAAUGAAAAACAGGAACCCUCAGAGACGGCAGAGGAACGGAGAGAAAAACAAAACAGAUUGAGGCUGCAAUUCUUGAAAACUCACAAAACCAAAAUGAAGAAAAAAGCCAAAUAUAUUUUUGAGUACAAGAAUGAUAAGGAAGUACAUCUCAAAGAUGUUUACACAGAACUGUUCAUCACAGAAGGAGAUAUGAAAGAUGUCAAUCACGAGCAUGAGAUUCAACAGAUUGAUGAUGCUCUAAAGACCCAGAACUCACAGGAUAGACAAAUUAACUGCAAUGACAUAUUUACAUCAUUAAGCAGAAAAAAUGAGGAAAAGAUUGUGCUGACCAAGGGCAUUGCUGGCAUUGGAAAAACAGUGUCUGUGCACAAGUUCAUCCUGGACUGGGCAGAAGAAGAAGCCAAUCAGGAAAUAGAAUGUGUGUUCCUGCUUCCAUUCCGAUAUAUAAACUUAAUGACAAAUAAAGAACUCAGUCUCCAUGAAUUUCUGGUGAAAUUUUAUCCUGAACUGAAGGACUUGGACGAAGCAAUGCUAUAUAAGGAAUGUAAGCUUGCAUUUAUAUUUGAUGGACUUGAUGAGAGUCGCCUGCCUCUAAAUUUUAAAAGUAGUUUUCUGAACACUGUUGAUGAAAGAGCAUCUGUAGAUGUGCUGUUUACAAGUCUGGUCAAAGGGACAUUGCUUCCAUCAGCUCUCAUCUGGGUGACCUCACGACCAGCAGCGGCCAAUCUGAUCCCUCCAGAGUAUGUAGGUUUGUUCACAGAGGUGCGAGGAUUCACUGACGAACAGAAGGAGGAGUACUUCAGAAAGAGAAUCACAGAUGAAAGUCUGGCCUCCAUAAUCAUCUCACACAUUAAGAAAUCUCGUAGUCUCUACAUAAUGUGCCACAUUCCUGUGUUCUGCUCGAUCACAGCCAUAGUUCUUCAAGAUAUUCUCAAGAACAAUACAGAGAACAUCAGCACAACACUCACUGAAAUGUACAUUCACUUCCUGCUGAUACAGAUGAAAAUAAAGAACCGGAAGUAUGAUGAACAAGAAGAAAGGGAACGUAUAAAGCUCUUAGGUUCAAAUAGAGAAAUGCUUUUAAAAUUAGCCAAAUUAGCGUUUGAACAGCUGAAGAGGGAGAACGUUGUAUUCUAUGAGGAUGAUUUGGAAGAAUGUGAUAUUAGGGUGAAUGUAGCCACUGAGUUUACAGGAAUGAUUGCUGAGAUCUUUAAGGAGGAAUAUGGACUUCACGAGACAAAGUUCUUCUGCUUUGUGCAUCUGAGUGUUCAAGAGUUCCUCGCUGCACUGCAUGUGUUCAUCUGCUACCUGAACAAGAACAUGCAGGAGCUUCAGUUUUUCUUUGAUGAGCCAAAAGAAAAUGUCACAUUGCAGGAGAUACUGCAGAAAGCUGUUGAUAAAGCUAUAAAGAGUGACAAAGGACAUCUGGACUUGUUCCUGCGGUUUCUAAUGGGCAUUUCACUGAAAUCUAGUCAAAACCUGCUCAAAGGCUUGUUCACAUACCCUGAAGCCUCAACAGAAAGCACCACACAAAUAGCUGAAUACAUUAAACUAGUGCAAAAUGAAUACAAUAUUUCAGAUGAAAGGUCAGUCAAUCUAUUUUACUGUCUACUUGAGCUCAAGGAUCAUUCAUUAUAUGAGGAAAUCCUGAGUUACCUCAGUUCAGAUAAACAUCCAGGAAAAAAACUCUCAUCUUCAAUGUGCACAGUGCUAACCUCAGUGCUGCUCAUGUCAGAGAAGGUGCUGGAUGAGUUCAACCCAAAAAAAUUCACAUCAUCACAAACAGACUACAAUAGACUCAUUCCUGCUAUGAGAUGCUGCAGAAAAGCACUAUUUGACAACUGUGGUCUUGAUGAAACAUGCUGUGGAACUGUAUCUUCUGCUUUACAAGCAUCAAACUCCCAUCUGGUAGAGCUGGACCUGAGUAGCAAUAACUUAGGAGAUUCGGGAGUGAAGCUGCUUGAACUGGAGAGAUUACACUGUCAACUAAAAAUACUGAGGAUAUGUGGAUGUAAUCUCACUGCUCUUUCCUGUACAAGUUUAUCUUCAGCUCUAGAGUCUCCAAACUCCCAUCUGAAUGUGCUGGACCUGAGUAACAAUGAUCUGCAGGAUUCAGGAGUGGAGCUGCUUUCUGAAGGACUGAAGAGUCCAAACUGUCAGCUGACGAUACUGAGAUGUUCCAUAUGUUAUCUCACUGCUCAUUCUUGUGGGAGUUUGUCAUCAGUUUUACAAUCCUCGAACUAUGUGCUGAGAGAGCUGGACCUGAGUAAUAAUGACCUGCAGGAUUCAGGAGUGAAGAUUCUUUCUGAAGGACUGAAGAAUCCAAACUUUCAGCUGAAGAUACUGAGGUUGUCUGGAUGUAUGGUGACAGAAGAAGGCUGCCAUUAUUUGUCUUCAGCUCUGACUUCUAACCCCUCACACCUGAUAGAGCUGGAUCUGAGCUACAAUUACCCAGGAGAUUCAGGAGUCAAGCUGCUCUCUGAAAAACUGCAGGAUCCAAACUGCAAACUGGAUAAACUUAAUGUGGAUCAUGGAGGAGAAUCCAGGAUUAUAGCAGGGCUAAAAAAAUAUGCCUGUUUUCUCACACUGGAUCAAAACACAGCAAAUACUCAACUCAAUUUGUCUGAAGAGAAAAGAAAGGUGACAUGUUUGGAUGAGAAACAGUCAUAUCCUGAUCAUCCAGACAGAUUUGAUGUGUAUCCUCAGGUGUUGUGUACAGAGAGUUUUUAUGGACGCUGUUACUGGGAGAUUGAGUGGAGUGGUGAUGAUGGUGUGUAUAUAGCAGUGUCGUAUAAGAGCAUCAGCAGGAAGGGAGAUGGUGAUGAGCAAUGGUUUGGAUGUAAUGAUCAGUCCUGGAGUUUGAUCUGCUGUCCUGACAGAUACUCAUUCAGACACAAUAAGAUAGUGACUUGUCUCUCUGUGAAGCCCAUCAGUCGUAGAAUAGGAGUGUAUGUGGAUCACAGUGCAGGAACUCUGUCCUUCUACAGCGUUUCUGACACAGUGAGCCUCAUCCACACAAUCCAGACCACAUUCACUCAGCCACUCUGUCCUGGGUUUAAAAUUUAUUAUAAAUCAUCUGUGAAACUGUUUUGAUAAUUGACAGGAGAUUCUACCAAUAAUGCUUUGAGCUGCAUGAUAAAUCAGUAACAGUGAGGUGUUAGAUGUUAUUUCUCUAAAAUACAUUAAUACCGCAGCUGAACUUAUGUCAGUGAAAAAUAGAAUAAACAAAAUGUGUGUAAUAAAUAUUCAUAUAAACAAUAAGAUCAGUGUGUGUUUGUGCAAAAGCAAACUGUGUGUUGCUUCAAGAGUGCAACCGUACAUUUGUGUUGUGCGUUUAUUCUUAUAUAUUCAUUUAUUGAUUUUUUUAUUAUUUUUCAUAUAAUCAUUUAUUCCAUUAAAUCAUAUGAUAGUUUAUAAUAAUAAUUUUAACCAUUUAUAUACUAAUUUCAUUGAUUUGUUCAUUAAUUUGUGAUUUAUAUUAUUGUUUUUUCUAAUAUAUUUUACCAUUGUUGAUUAGUCUUAUGAUGUGUGUCUUUUAAGAGCCAUGUGUCACAGCCACUUGUUGGUGUGCCAGUGUUAGCAGAGGGCACUCUUUUGAACUCUCGUUUGUUUGCAUUGAACUCCAUCUCCCAUCACCCUUUGCCUAGACUAUCUUAUUGCCCUCAGCUGUGGGUGAUAACUCCUUAAGCCCACCUGUAUAUAUACAAGAUACUGAGUUUUGGUUUGUGGAAGAAUUGUUUUGUUUUUUGUCUUUGCUGGUGUCCGAUUUGUUUCAUCUUGUGUGAUGUUUUUGCCCCUUUUGUCUUGUGUAUUACGAUUUUGGGUUUCUUUAUUAAAUAAUGCAUGUGGAUCUUUCA